AAUCAAUACCAGUACUCCCAACAUAUUUCUCGCUUCCGAGCUUUCCAUCAUGGCGGCAGCCAUCCCAUUAGAUUCUUCAAUGACGGACACUGGACAAACACAAAAGGAUGGAGUUCUACUAUACUACAACUACACCUCUUCUCUAAUUGAAAACCUAGAUGAACUCUCCACUUUCUACGAGUCAAACUGUUCCUCACUCAACCUACUCGGUCGAGUUCGACUCGCUCCUCAAGGUGUUAAUGUCACAAUCGGAGGAAAAAUCUCACACCUUCACAAUCACAUCUCGGAACUCCUGAACAAAUAUGGAGACUUCUUUGAAGGUACUGAUUUUAAGCUUGCUUCCUGCGAUGAGCCAUUGAGUAUGGAUGUUGCGAAAGAGUGCGGUUUUACUUCCCUUUCAAUACGAAUUGUUAAGGAGUUGGUUACUCUUUCGUGUAAUCCGUUGGUGAAAACUCCUUCGAUAUCGAAUGCUGGAAAGCAUCUCUCUGCUCUUGAAUUUCAUUCCGUUCUUCAGAAUUCUGGACAACUUUUGAAAGAGGAGUUACCUAUCGACUUUAAAAAGCUUGUUCUUCUGGAUGCAAGGAACUUGUAUGAGACAAGAAUAGGGAGAUUUGAAUCUCUAGAAGUUGAGACUUUGGAUCCAUCUACACGACAAUAUAGUGAUUUACCAGCCUGGAUUGACAGUAAUGCUGAAAAGCUGCGUGACAAAUGCGUACUCAUGUAUUGCACAGGAGGAAUAAGGUGUGAGAUGGCAUCUGCUUACAUCAGGUCAAAAGGUGUUGGUUUUGAGAAUGUAUUUCAGUUGUAUGGCGGAAUACAGCGUUACUUAGAACAGUUUCCAGAUGGUGGAUUUUUCAAAGGAAAAAACUUCGUAUAUGAUCACCGAAUAGCAGUUGGGAGUACCAACAAAGAUGUUUUGGGAAAAUGCCUUAUUUGCAGCACCACUUUUGAUGAUUACUCAGCACGCUGCCGCUGUUCCUUUUGCCGGAUGCUUGUUUUGGUCUGCAAUGAUUGCCAGAACGAGAGUGCACAAUAUGUUUGUGAAUUGUGUCAGAAAUAUGGAAAAGCUGCCCAGUCUGCUCAAUCAGUGGACAGUGGAAGUUCUGAAGUAAAUCUCAAAUGUAACCUUGGUACAGCUUCUGAGUGCCCAUUGAAUCGUAACACAAGCCAUUUUCAAAUUCCUUGCUCUCCUGGGCCUUUGAAGAAACUCAGAAUAUUGUGCCUUCAUGGAUUUCGUCAGAAUGCUUCCAGUUUCAAAGGAAGAACUGGUGCAUUAGCAAAAAAACUCAAGAGCUUGGCAGAACUUGUGUAUGUGAAUGCCCCUCAUGAGUUACCGUUUAUCUACCAACCUCGUAAUUUAGAAAAGGAUUGCAUAUCAAGUUCACCUCAGCUUUAUCCUCCCCCUUUAAAAAGUUGUAGCAAAAAAUAUGCUUGGUUGGUAGCUCCUGAUUUCCUCAAGAAGGAAGCAACUGAUUGGGAAAAGACCGAAAUGCCUUUUGAUCCUCUUCAAUAUCAGCAGCAGACUGAGGGGUUUGCCGAGUCUUUAGCAUAUCUGAAAUCUGUCAUCUCUAAUGAGGGGCCAUUCGAUGGCAUUUUGGGGUUUUCACAGGGAGCUGCUAUGGUGGCUCUUUUGUGUGCUCAGAAAGGGAGAAUAGAUCAAGAAUUAGGUAUCAGGUUUGUGAUAUUGUGUUCUGGAUUUGCUGUCGAUCGAGCAGGAUAUGAAAAAGGAUCGAUUGCUUGCCCAUCACUUCAUAUUUUUGGAAAUGAGGAGGGCGCUGAUCGACAGAUAUCAUCUGGUUCGAGCAGAGAUCUUGCAUCAUAUUUCGAUGAUGGAUGCCGAGUGAUUAUUGAGCAUGAUUCUGGUCAUAUAAUUCCUACUAAACCUCCUUAUAUUGAUGAGGUUAGACAGUUUCUUAGGCGCUUCAUCUAAGCUAAGGUCAACAAUAUCACAUCCAUAAUCCCAAGGGGUGGUCACUCGUGUCAUCUAAUGAAUGUAGCUAGUACCUCUACCAUUUUUUUUCUUGGCGUCGAGUCUAUUUUCUAAUCUCAUUUUAAUAGUUUUGUAGUUGAGAAUUUUAAAUGAGUCAAUUUGGCGCAGUUUGUUAACCAUUGUAUCAGUCUAGUAGUUGGUUUUGAUUGCUAAUAUGUAUUUGGGCUAAUGAAAUUGAUUUCGUUUGGAAGAACCUUUACCGUUAAAAAGCUAAAAAGUAAAAUAAUACCAAAUUUAUGCUUACAAGGAAAUAUUUCCAUGUCUAAAUUAUUUUUAAAACCAACUAUGAACAUGUCGUUAAGUGAAAAUGAAUAUAUUAAUAUUGUGAUAUAUGGCUAUUUGACAAAGUGAUGUGUUUUAAUUUGUCUUUUUUUAAGAAAAUUUACUUAGAAUAAUCCAAUCUUUCAAUAAUUUUCUUAUAAUAAUUCAAUUUUUUGAUUAAUUAUUAAUAAACCAAACUUUUAUAACAAUUUGCCAGCAGCAUUGUUUGAUUAUGAUGAACCGGGUAUAACAGGUAAAAGAGGAGAAAAAUAAUUAUACCCACCUUCCCUUUAUUCUCUCUCAUC